AUGGACCUUCAAAACGAUCCGCGCUUCUUUCAAGACAACGUCCUCAACAAGAGGCUUGCGGCUCUCUCCGGAAUGUCGGUUGUAUCUGGACUGAUGGUGUCUGUUUGCACUGGAGUCCUUGAGAAGAGGAAGAACUUGAAUUUUGAGACCUGGGACGGUCGAGUUCGAUGCUGCAACUUCUUGUUGUUGAGCCUUGUGCUUUUCCUCAAUACGGUCGCAACUUAUGUUCCCAUGGCGCAGACCUAUCACACGUACCGCUUGGAAACUGCUGGACCCACUGGAUUCGAAAUCGCUAGCUCGUACUAUCUCAAUCGCAACAUCGUGGCAUGGAGACACUUUUCGGUGUUUUGCCUGCUGAACGGUAUGACGUUCUACCUGAUUUCCUAUGGGGUUCGACUCACUGUGAGCUUCUCUGAAGUCGCCACCAACGAGGACGAUAUGGUGGAACCAUAUUGUGCUUAUGUCAUGGCCUGGAAUGUGGGUCUGUGA